GACAUUUCUAUCCAAAGACAACCAGAAUCGACGCCGGUUGUGGCGGGUUGAGUUUAGCUGUGAAUUUAGUGUUUAAAAUAAUAAUAAAUCAUCAGAAUGGCAUACAAAGGACCACCAAAAGUUCAAAAGGUGAUGGUGCAACCCAUCAACCUUAUCUUCAGAUAUCUUCAAAACAGAAGUCGUGUACAAAUCUGGCUGUACGAGAACGUAAAUCUUAGGAUCGAGGGUCACAUUGUUGGAUUCGAUGAAUACAUGAAUAUUGUUUUGGACGAAGCCGAGGAAGUGCAUAUGAAGACCAAGAAUCGCAAACAAAUUGGUCGCAUAAUGAUGAAAGGGGACAAUAUUACUCUCAUACAGAACGUUAACCCGAAUGCGUCAGUGUGAAGUUAGGUUAUACGAAAUGAACAUUCCUAGCUAAUAAGUGCGGCGGUUUCUAAAGUUUUAUGUGGUAUUCACAAAACACCAGUGAUUCUGUCAUUAAAUAUAAGUUACCCAAA